UCGGACAGUGCGCAGAGCCGGGACCGAGCGAGCGAACGUUGCUACGCCGGGGUUUGUGGAUUUUACCUAUUUUUUUUCCACGGCUGUCAGGCCGGAGCAGCGCCCUACUCUCGCGGCGCGUGAAAGCGGUGCUUCGUGAGUGACGCCCCAGCGCGAUCACGCCUCGCGCGUAUCUCUCUUCGCCUCUAUCUAUUUCUCUUUCUCUCUCUCUUUCUCCUUCGAAGACGCGAGCCUGUCUCUCUCUCGCGUGGUCGCUCCGAUCUGUCAUCCUUUCUUUCUCUUUUUCUCUCUCUCUCUCUCUCUCUCUUCCCCUGCCGCGCGCUCGGAGUCCGCGUGGUCGUCACCUUCCCGUCGCGGUUUCGCUCGAUAAUCGCACACUCGCAGACAACGACGGCGAUCGCACGGCACGACGGUGACGUCCGUCGCGACACUGACGUUUUUGCCUUCGAUCGGGCGCCGCGGUCGCGUGUGCACCACCAGUUGCGUGUUGCGUAACUGCAUUUUACAACAGCCCGCCGCCGCCUCUCGCAGUCUCUCCCCGCGGGUGCAUCGGCCCUGUCCCACCCGCGCCUCCCACCGUCCCGUCCCGUCCCGUCUCGUCCCGCGCCACGCCGCUGCGCCAGACCACGCCGCUCCACGCCGCGCCACGCUGAGGGAGUUUGGCGCUACGGAACCUUGGAAUCUGACGUUUGGAGCGCACGACUUCGCUGCUGCAGCAUCCCGCGGAGCACGUGAUAGUAGCGCGACGGAUGCACGUUCGAAGAGGCGGAAGUACCCGUUGACCAUGGCGGCGGGAACGUGCCAGUUCGCCUGAGAGGACAGUAUCCGCAGAAAUCCGCAAGGAUGGUGCUGGUGGUGGGCGGGGUGGUUCUGCAGGAAGAGAUUCCUGCGGACAGCAGGUCCUUGUACGCGGCCCAUCCGGUGUACCGCGAGAGCGCGGCCCAGCUGCACUCGAUGCCGGCGAAACUCGUGGGCCCGGUGGGCCUUCUCUACGUUCAACAACGAGAAAUGGCCGCGACGCUGCCGCACGACAAGAACGUGAGCAUCCUCGGUUCGGACGACAUGACCACGUGCAUAAUCGUUGUCGUCAGGCAUUCCGGCUCGGGCGCCGCCGCUCUGGCGCACCUUGACGGCUCUGGAACGGAAGAUGCCGCGGCGGGAAUAAUCCAGAAGGUAACGGAACUCGCCCUCGGAUAUCCCGAAGGUCGCCUGGAGCUGCAGUUGGUCGGCGGCUACUCCGAUCCGAGAAACUAUUCCGAGGAAUUAUUCUACAAUAUACUUUCCGCAUUUCACAAGCAACCGGUGGAGAUCGAUCUAACGCUGUGCUGCGUGGGCGAGUUGAACACCACCGUGAGAGGUGGGAUUCACUGGCCGUUGAUCUACGGUAUCGGGCUGAACGUGAAGACCGGCGAGAUCUUUCCCGCGACUUUCCCCGACAAGGGUCCAGAUCAGGCACUGAGGUGCGCCAGACAAUUGACCGGGGGUCAGCAGGUUUUGGACAUAUACGAUUGCGCCUUGGGAUUACUUAGAAUCGGCCCGUUUAACUACGACCCCCUGCGCGGCGUGGAUCUCUGGCUGGCGCAAACCGAUCAGUUCAUCCUGCAGCAUCUGUCCACGUCACCGGAAGUGGAGCAACCACAUUUCGUAUCGCAGGUGCGGGCGACGCUCAAGUAUAUCCAAGACAAUCAAUUUCCGGCAGUCACCGUUUUCCGAGAUAACAGACCUCAUUACUACCGUCGAGACGAAAACACCGGUGUCUGGCAGCCGAUAGUGCCGAUACCAUAUUAAAGGUUCAACAAGCCGCAGAUUCGGUUAGGGCUUGCGCGGUGAUUGUUCGAUGAAAAUUUUUUCGAGUGACACGAAGUAUAAAAUUAAAUUGCGGGUCGACGAAAAGCGUACGGAGAAAGCAGGACGAUCAAACCGUAGGAAUUUAAAUCAAUUAGCCGAAUUUGGUGUCUUCGCCGAAGUUGUUUAAGUCCUAAUGAGCCCGUUUUGAAAAAGAUCGACUCGCAUUUACGAUUGGCGAGGCAAAUUGCGGAAGUCGGCGUGCAAUAAUUGCAGCCCCUUCGUCGGCUGGCAAUUAUCUGUGAUCGACAAGAAAAGGACAUCCGAUCGGGAGGGAGCCGUGGGAUCGAGUAUCGAUCGAAGCGGUCGUAAUCAGCGCGUUGGUCGAUGCCUUAAGGCCUGCUCACACCGGAAGACGUCUCGCAAGCCGUAUUGAAGCCAAGAUUAACAUUUGGAUAUGCAUUACCGCGCGAAUGCGAUUUGUAACAUUUGCAAAUAAAAUUAUCGAAGAGCGUAGUUUACUCUAUUGUCGUGGAGUGAGCUACGAGAAAAUAAAAUGUGAAAUAAAAGUAAUUUUUCGAUAAACGAUUUUUCGAAAAUUUUAGCAUGUAUUAUUCUGCAUUGGAACGCAGAUAAUGCAUAUUUUACUUUAUCAUACGUUUUAUAUAUACUCGAUAAUACUUUUUUCCAAAUGAUGUAAUACAUAAGAAAUUGUUCCCGUUGUGCAAUUAUUGCAGAAGUUUUAGAUAAUUUUAUCGAAAUUGUUUUAGAUGAAUUUUUACGGAAGAUUAAGGUUUAAUUCUUCAAUUAAAGAAGAGAAAAUAAAGACAGUUAAUAAUAAGGCGAGUCAUAUUGCAGAUAUUAAACAAUUCGUUCUUUCUUAAAUUUAAUUAUACAAAGGAUAUAUUAACCUUUAAUUAAAGACUUUUUAAUUAUGGGCUAUUAUAAGAAAUUUUGUGAACGACAAAAAACUGCCGCAGCGCAAGCGACUGAAACAAUAAUCGAAUUUCGAUUUUGGAAAAUCUUACAAAGAAAAAAAAAGAAAAAAAUUUUCUAAAACAUGCAUAUGAACAUCUUUCUCUAUUGCGCACAUUCACUUUCUGUAUAUACCUUAAAAGUAAUAUGCACGCAUUCGCAUUAGCAUGCGGCGCACGACAACUUCAGUUGUGAAUAGGCCUAUAUGUGCUGAAUACAUUGGCAUUGUUGAAUUUUAUCUUUUUGUUAGAUGCUUACGUGGUCGAUUUUUGGUCGUUAUUAUAAGGUGUUAUUAGUCGUACGCGAUCGUUAUUUCAUCGUUGAACGUCUCCGUAUUACUAACUUUCGUCGUUGCCAGAAUUUGGCGCGCAUUUGGCGCUAAAUACAACUCAUUUCUGUCUUUACAUCACAUGUGCAAUCGUCGUAACUAACUCGAUAGAGAAUCCCAUUUGGUGCUAAACGCGCGACUGAAAGUACGAUUCCACGCACACGCGCGAGGACGCUUGUCCUUCUUUCUCUUCCUUCCCGUUUCGUUCUUUCAGCCGGAUUGCGAGAGUUCAAGCAACGAAUAAUUCCGUACUUGCCAUAAUAAAAGGAAGGAAGUUAGACGAAAGGUAGAGGCGAAGUAGAAGAGAUGAUGUAUAUAUAAUAUUUUCAGGGUUGUGCCCGAGUCUUUCGGGUGAGGGAAAGUUCCUUUGCCUCGACGCAGUUGGUUCCGCGAGGGAACGCGAAUCCCUCCGAAAAUUCAUCGGAUUAGUAAUCGUGUACGAGCCGUUGAUGUCUCGCGGGAAUUUUACCGGGAAAGAGACAUCUCUUUCAACCCUUUAGAACGCUCGCGAUAGAACAUCUGGGCGAUCGCGUUUAAUCAUUCACGGUGUAGAAUAAAUGUCCAAGGUAAAGCGUUUCCCGUUGCGUCAUCGAACGACUUAAACACGUCAGAGCGAUGCGUACGAAAUUGUCGAGAUUAAUACAUAAAUGCGUAAUAAGAUUGGUCAAUUCGAUCACUCCGGAGAUCGUGUGAACGUCCGAUAUAGAUUUUCCUAUUUGUUGUUAGAAAGCACGGGCGCGCGAUCGCGAUCGAAGAAUCAGAAUAACGAGGCCUUCCCUUACCUGUGGAUUCAUCGAUUAAGCCGAAAGGUAAUCACCCUCCGGAUAGCAUUCGAGAGCACAGCUCUAUGGCGAAACUAAUAGCCAGUCAGAAAGUUUUCAUAUCUCGACACUUGACUACAGUUUUCAUAAAAGAAUUCAGAAACUCAAUAAUUCGAUAUUAUUAUUGAGCGUUCUUAUUUCUUUUGAGAUGAAUAUAUAAUUUAAAGCAAUUUUUUAAAUAAUACUUCAACAAAUUCUCUCAAAGCUAUGGUCUCGAAGCCUUGGAGUAGUGCGUAAAGGAAGGGUGCGUUCAAUUUUCCAUUGUUCUAGUGAUAUAUAAGUUAAUUGAGGUUGAUAUUAAUAAUAACGAUGACGACGAGAUAUGAUUAUAAAUGAUACUGCUGAUGAUAACGAUAUUUCCUAGAAAUCGAAGAGAUAUAUUUUUACUAUAUUAUGUAAAAAAAAGAAGAGCGAAUGCAUUCGUGACGACGAAGCUUUCAGGAUCGAACUUGCGACCUGCUUUUUCUUUCCAAUCGAUCUACGCGAGUAGGUAUGGCGCGGAUGGUUUGCCACUUACUUUGUUGCUUCUGCCAGGAAAAUAUACGGCUUUCCUUGCUUGCGUCAUGAAAACUUUCCCGGUGCAGCAAUACAAGUUACAUAUAUAUUACUUUUUUCUUUUAAGUCCACCAUAUCGUUUCCCCUUCCCCUGCCCGAACCUUUUCCCCUUUUUUUACCCUCACCGUAGCCUUUCCGUUCGAUCUCUAUCGCAUUCUUUCUCGCGUUACGCAGACGCAAUCUUACUACAUAAUAUUAAUUGGUGAUAUAUUUAUACAAUAAACGAUGAUAGACUAAAGCAA